AUGGUUUUCGUCGCGUCGUUGCUCCUACUGCCUCAAUUGGUUGUUGCGCUACAGCCCUUACCACCAAUCUCACCAGCAGAUAAGGGCAACAACGACCUCGGCUUCUCAGUCACCAAGCAAGGAACAAAGAUAUACAUCCAAAAUGCUUUCGCUGAUAAGAAAGACUCCAGUGGCCUUACGCUGAUACCUCCGAGUGCUGGAGAGUUUGCGGAAACAUUCCGCGCAGAUUUGUCGUCGUUGUUUGGUAGUAAAUGGACCUUGGAGCGCGUCGACGAGCUUCCUACAACUGGCAUUCUCCUCGGUCCAUUUCGAGGUAAUGCUGACCAACUGACCUAUGAGAACGGCAUCGCGACAGAAGAAGGAUACGAGCUUGAUGUUACCAAUGGCAGCAUUUAUGUUGGCGGAACUGGUGCACGAGGCAUGUUUUGGGGUACUCGGACUGUACUACAGGAACUGCUGAUUGGAAAUGGAUCUUUACCAUCCGGAAACGUCAUUGAUGCGCCAGCAUAUGCCACUCGUGGAUUUAUGCUAGAUGCAGGCCGGAAAUGGUACAAUAAGCAAUUUCUCAAAGAGCUUUGCUCUUAUGCGUCGUUUUUCAAGAUCUCGGAGUUUCACUACCACUCGAGUGAUAACUAUCCCUUGAACCGUGGCCGCAACGAGACCUGGCAAGAUGUGUUUUCACACUUCUCGUUAUACCCAGAGAAGAACACUGAACUCAGAGGACUUAUUCAACGUCCUAACGAAACACUGUCGCGCGCUGAUUUUGAGGACUUCCAAAGCCAUUGCGCACAGCGAGGCGUCACCGUUGUUCCUGAGAUCGAAGCUCCAGGCCAUGCACUAGCAAUCACCAAGUGGAAACCUGAGCUGGCCUUGAGUAAGAAGGAUCUGCUAAACCUCAGCCAUCCGGAUACAAUUCCUACAGUAAAGGCCAUCUGGUCAGAGUUUUUGCCAUGGUUUCAAACAAAAGAAAUACACAUUGGUGCGGACGAGUAUGACGCAGACCUAGCCAAUGACUAUAUCAAUUUUGUCAAUGAGAUGGCCGAUUUCGUCAAAAAUAGUUCUGGUAAAGAGAUCCGUAUUUGGGGCACAUAUGAGCCAUCAGAAAACUUCACCAUUUCAAAAGAUGUCAUCAUACAGCACUGGCAAUACGGCCAGUCAGAUCCAGUAUUACUACAAAGAGAUGGCUAUCAAAUCAUCAACUCGGAAGAUUGGUGGGCUUACAUGAGUCUCAAGAACGACCACAUGCCCAUCUUGCCAGCCCCAUACCCGCAAUUCUACAACGUCACGCGCACGCUCAACUUCGCAGAUGUGCCAGGGUGGCAGUGGGAGCCAUCGCUAUACAACCCUUUCAACAAGACGGAACAGCUGCAGCCCGGGGCUCAAGGCAAUAAGGGCGCUAUUUUGGCAGCUUGGAACGACAACGGUCCGGAUGCAACAACGCAGCUAGAGGCUUACUACGCAAUGCGGGAGGGUAUCCCAGUCAUGGCAGCGCGCGCUUGGGCGGGCGAUCGCGGCGCAAAGAUCAAUGUAGAAGAGCUAUCAGACAGCCUUGCAUUUCUAGCACCUUUAGCUCCGGGACAAAACCUCGAUCGCCGACUACCAGGCUCACAAACUCUCUCUGCGCAAAACUCCUCGCCCCUAGUAUCCUGGAUGCAAAAAGCAUCACAGCCCGCAAACUCUUCCUUAGGACUAGGCUCUUACGGCCCACCUUAUACGCUCACACUUGAUGUUUCAUCGCCCUUUGCGCUGUCUGGAUCUGACACCUCACUCUCGACAAAUACAAGCGGCAACAUCACUACCCUCGUCUUCACCACGUCGGACGGCUUCCCAUACCCCUUACGCCGUGUGUCACUCAACGACGGCCAUGAACCCGGCCAUCCAGGCCGCAUAUGGACGAACCAGUCGACGUCUUCGCACGAGCCUGUUCCCAUCACGCUGCCUGCAAAAUUACGUAUUGAGACUGAUGUUGUGAAUGGCAGUCGCGUAUGGGUCAAUGAUGCGUUUGCAGGCCGCUUUGAGGUGUUUGUUUUCGGUGGACGGAACACCUUGUUUAGUUGGAGUCAGAUGGCGCUUGUGGCGCCGCUGGAAAGUGUACAAGGGGGAGUUGAUAAGUUGGUACUGGAGGCUGGGGCUGGAAAUGGUGCGGCUCAGCAAGGUAACGGAAGCCAGACAAGACCGCCGUUUACGGGCGGUGCUGGGCGACAGGCCGCUUCAGGUGGAGGUGUUUUGUUUACGGUGAUUGGUAUAAUACUGGCGCUGAUUGUCCUGUGA